AUGAGGCGACAUUGGUGGUUAUGUUUUGUGCUGGCUGGAUUGUUACUAGCAGCAUGUGUGGCUCGUGAUGAGAAUGAUAACAAUGGUAAUGAUUUUGAUGAAAAGAAUGUACACGAUGAGGAAGAAAAAAGUGCGAAACUUGAAUACAUACCACCACAAUUUCAAACACCAGUGGUUUUCGGUUCACCUCUCUUGGUAGAUUGGUUCUCGAAUCGUAAUGCAAUUGGUACGAAAUGGUUUAUGUCAAAGGGCAAAAAGGAUGAUGUAGAAGAUUCGAUAGCCAAAUUUAAUGGUAAGUGGGAAAUAGGCACUCCCUCAACAGUUGUAAUUGACAAUGAUUUGGGAUUAAUUGUGAAGACCAAAGCACGACAUCAUGCAAUUGCUGCAAAAUUCAGUCGUCCAUUUAAAUUUGAUGGCAAACCUUUAGUUGUGCAUCGUCCAUUUAAAUUUGAUGGCAAACCUUUAGUUGUGCAGUACGAAGUAAAAUAUGAAGAGGGACAAGAGUGUGGUGGUGGCUACGUGAAAUUGUUAACAGAGGGGAUAGAGGUGCUGGAAGAAUUUACAGAUAAAACACCAUAUACAAUAUUGUUUGGACCUGAUAGAUGUGGUGCCAAAUCCAAUAUUUUGUUCAUUGUUCGCUUCAGAAAUCCCAAAAACGGCACUAUCUCUGAACACCAUGCGAAACAACCAUCUAAGUCAGUUUCAUCAUAUUUUGACGAUCACAAAACCCAUUUGUACACUUUAAUUAUUCGCUCAGACGAAACAUUUACUGUGCUGGUUGAUGAAAGUAAAAUUAUGUCUGGUAGUUUGAUUACUGAUCUCGAGCCGUCGAUUACUCCGCCGACUGUAAUUGAUGAUCCGACAGACAGAAAACCUGAGACUUGGGAUGAACGCGAAAAAAUCGAUGACCCAGAUGCCAAAAAACCUGAUGACUGGGAUGAAAAUGCUCCUCGGAAAAUUGAAGAUGCGAAUGCUGUAAUGCCUGAUGAUUGGCUUGAGGAAGAGGAAGCGUUAAUUCCGGAUCCAGAGGCAAUGAAACCAUCCGACUGGGAUGAUAGCAUGGAUGGCGAGUGGGAAGCACCGAAAGUUGAUAACCCAAAAUGUAAAGAUCGGAGUGGUUGUGGUAAGUGGACAAAGCCAAUGAUCGAUAAUCCAAAUUACAAAGGAAAAUGGAAGCCACCACGCAUUGCAAAUCCGAGUUAUAAAGGGAAAUGGAAGCCAAAACAAAUCGAGAAUCCGAAUUAUUUCGAACCUCAUCCAUACUCUCAACUACAACCUGUUACGGCGCUUGGAAUUGAACUCUGGACAAUGAGUGCAAAUAUUAUUUUUGAUAACGUUUAUAUUGGGGAUGAUGAAAAUGCGGCUUCCAAUUUUGCCAAGCAAACUUUCAGAGUUAAACUUGCUCAGGAGACAGCUUACGAAAGCGCAUCCUCUUCUGAUCAAGGAAUAUUUAGUAAACUCGUAUCAGCGACCGAGGAUCGGCCGUGGUUAUGGAUUAUUUAUGUACUAUCCAUUCUUGUACCAGUGGUCAUUAUAGCUGUUAUUUGUUUCGAACGCAAAGGUCGUCCCGUUGCGCAGGAUUAUAAAAAAACUGAUGAAGCGCAUCCUGAUGACGAAGUGCCGGACCUUGUUGGUGAUGAUGAUGAAUCUGUAGAACGCAGUUCACAGGAACCCGAAGCACAUGGUGAUAAUGCAAAAGAAAAGAAAAGGACUCCUUCUCAAUCACCAAACCGUUCUCACAUUGAAAAGGAAGCGUCAUCUAGUGAAGAAAUGAAAGAUGGAGAUCACAAUUCUCCGAAAGUGAGACGCGUGCGUCAAAGGAAACAGGACUAG